CCAUCCUCUGCUACUCAUGUCUUCGUCAGCGGUGAGCAAAAAGCGCAAACGCGGUGCAGAAGACGCAGAGAAGGUCACCUUGCAACUGAGCUCCCAGCCUACGAGUCAAGUGGGUCCCGUCUUAGCAAGCUUCCCAUCGCUCCAGCCACCGAAGUCCACCGCUUUUAAAUGCUACGUUCAGAGAAAUAGGGACAAGAACGCGUCUUUCGAGACCCAGCCUACGUUAGUAGCGGGUGAGGGGGAGACAGUAGAGUUCUUCUCGGCGGAUGGUCCUCUCCAGUCGACAGGCUGCAGUUACAUGAUCGGCGUUCAUGACAAGCGCACCAACACCACAGUUCUACGUCCCGCUCCCCUUCACGUCCUUGCGCGGCAAGUCAAGGCGCUCAAGAACCUGAACCCUAUAGAGGUGUCCGCAGGGGAGCGCAUGGCCCAGCGCAACAACUUGGGCGAGGCUUUCGGUACGAAGAAGGCAAAAGCUGCCAUCCGUGCUCGCGAACGGAACAGGGUGGACAUAGACGCGAUGAAGGACGUCGCGGGUCACCUCCAGGACACCAUCAUGGCGAACACUGAUACCCUUCCUACAGCAGAGGAAGCGAAAGCCACCGCAGACAGCAAUCGUCUUAUUCCCCCUUACAACGAGGACGCUCAGCGCCCGCACGACGUCUACGCUCUUCAUGAUAUUAUCCCCGAAGCAGAGUUCAAUGCCAUACCAGUCAACGCGUUCAAGAAUGCAAAUGAUAUGCAAGAUUGUUACGCCCUACUCCCUUGGAGCCGGUCAGAUUGGAUAAAACUACAGCUUCGAUUCAUCUACUCGGCGCCCAAGCCGGACAAGCGCGAGCUGAAGACCGUGUACUAUGUCUCGGCCAUGAUAGCAUUCUACAAGAACUCGCGGAUUGUAGGCGACAAGGACGCGCUUCAACAUAAGCUCGCGAGUGUUCCCUCGAUCAUCCUAGACGGUCUUAUCUCAAGAUUCACGGAGAAAGAGCGCAGUACAAAUAAGCCAAAAAUGACCCCCCAAACUGAAACCAUGCUCCUGACUUAUAUGUUCGCCCUGUGCCUUCGUGUGGACGACUACGCCACCGAUACGGAGACCAUCGCGCACGACUUGAGUAUGCCACCCGCGAAGGUCAGCGGCCUCUUCAAGGCACUUGGAUGUACCAUCAAGAAGCUCAGUCCCACCGAACUCAAAGAACGCGGUCUGCCUGAUGCCGCCGCGGAAACCAAGCGCGCUGUUCUGAAGAUUCCUCUCGAGUUCCCGAAGAGCAGAGUCAAACGAGCUAGGCGGUAGUCCGGCGUCCUCCGCCAG